AUGAAGGUGGAAUCCUCAAAAAAUAAGAGAGCCAAGCAAAAUGCUAUACAAAAUCAUAAAGAAGAGUCUAUUAGAGAAAUAUUGGGCUUUUACAUUAAUUAGGUUGAUUUGAAAUCAUUUAUGAAAAAAAAAAAAAUUUUUGAGAAGGUUGGAGAUUUGGUUGAUAAACAUUAAAAUGAGUUUUUGAAUCCUGCAGAAUUCCAAGAAAUUUAAGAUAUUUAUGAGGAUUAUAAUAUUGGUGAUUUAGCAAUAGUAUUUCCAAAUCCUGAUUAUGAAGGUUAUACACAAAAGGCUGUAACAUUUAAUGAAGCAGCUACUAUUUUUGAUGAGAUUUUAACAGUAAUGACAGAGGAUGUGACAAAAAAUUAAAUAAAAAAAGAAAGAGAUUCCUUUCUUCUCACUUAUUUGACACUUGAUGACCUUACAGAUAAUUAGAAUGAGGGGUAAGCUAAGAAGAAAAAGAAAUUAAAACAGAAGAAGGAUCCUGAGAAAAAGAAAAAGUUCAAUAAAAACUAAAACUAAAACAAUAAUACCUAAGAAUUAGCACAACUUAAAGAUGAGAAACCACUCAAAAUUGAAAAGAAUUCUUAUGAAAAAUAUUUGGAUUUCAUGAGAAUUUAUCAUAAAUAGAGAGAAGAAGAGUUAAUGAAUGAGAAUGAAGGAUUUGAUUUAAAAAAUGAAAAGGGAUUUUUGGAUGAAAUAGGUGUGGGAUAAUAAGAUUAAUAAAAUGUUGGCCAAAAAGUAAUUGAUCCAAUUAAAGAAUUAAUGAAGGUUGAUGUUAAUGAUGAUAAAUAAUUUAAAAGGCUCAAGAAAAAAUGGUCUUAGGGAGGAUAUUUAGUCAAAAAGAUGUGUGAAGAUGGUGUAGAUUAUGAUUGGAUAUCAAAUAAUGGAGCUCCAAAAGAUGUGAUGACUUUGAUUAGAUUUACAAUUUUAGAAAAACUGUCAAGAAAUGGAUAUUUGCAUUGUCGUUAAUUUGUAUCAGGAACUGGAGAACAUAUAUAUAUAGUAAUAAAGUCAACUAAGGAAGUAAUCUAAAGAUAAGCAUAGAAUAUGAAAGUAACGAAAUAAAUAGAAAUGGGUUUUGCUGAUUUAUUCUCUUUAGAGCCUGUUGAUGCAAACUUUAGACCUUUGCGUCUUAAGAAUUAUAUAAAACAAAUUUUGGGUCCAAAUUAUGGAGAUUUGAAAGAAGCAAUGGAUUUAAUUAAAUUAAAUGAAAAAUUCCAUUUUACAACUUUGAAAGAAAUAGAUGAGUAUUGUGAAACUAAUUAUAAAUAAGAAAUCAAAUAAUUAAAAGAUAUCGAGUUAAGAGCUAUGGUAAUUAAGAAACUUGAGCAAUUAGAAGAGUAUUUUAAGAUUAUUGCAAAACAAUUAAAUAUUGAUUAAUCUCACGAGAAAGUUGAAUUGAAUUCUGAUUAUUCCAUAACUGACGAGGAAUGGUAAGUGUAUUAUAUCUAUUUGGAUCUAUUAUCGAAAUUGUUAAAUCUAUUGCAAUUGCAUUAUUAGGAGUCGAUAAAGGAAGCCCAUUUUCAAUUUAGGGAUAAUUUACCCUUCUUAUAUAGAUUGAUUUUUGGGAAGGCAUUGAGAAAAGCAAAUGAGAUUUGGUAUUCAGCUCAUAAAAGUUGUUGGUCGGACUUAUUAGAUGAAAAGAUAAUUCUUAGAAAUAUAUGGGAUAUGCUUGGUAUGGAACCAGCAGCACCAUACACCUAAUAUUUUUAAUUGCAAAAUGAUUUUGGUAAAUAGAUGUGGAGGAAAUAUGAAAUAAAUGAAUUGAAAGAUAGAUCAGAAUUUAAUAAUAUGGAAAAGAUUAAAAUUACUCAUGCCAUCACACUCAAACAUGUGAAUAUGUCAAAAUUGUUAUAAUCUCUUAUUGCAGUUGGGUAUUUUCCAAUUCAUGAUACUUAUGCUCUAUUUGGAGAGGAGAAAAAAGAGAAAUUUAUGAAGAAAUUAAUUGAAUAGGAAUUUAUUAUGGAGAAAACAUUUGAAGGGAGUAGACAAUGUCUCUUGGAUUUGUAUAGGGAUUUACAAUCAUAUGCAGAAUCUACAGAUUUCGAUUUUUAAAGUGUUAAACAAGAUCUGAGAAUAAAUUUUAGAUGUCCUUGGUAUAUUCCAGUUCAUCAUCUUAGAGAUUAUUUUGGUGAAAAGAUUGCUCUUUAUUUUGCAUUUUUAGGAUUUUACACUUAAUAAUUAUGGUACAUAGGAUUGGUAGGUAUACUAUGCUAGUCUCUAUUAUCAGAAUCAACAGGAUAGUACAAAAAACCAAUAGUAAUUCUAUUCUCAUUUACAAUAGUUAUUUGGAGUUCCCUUUUCAUCGUUUAUUGGAGAAGAAAAUAGUUUUUAUUCAGUGUUUAAUUUGGGUAGUUGAAUUUUGAAACAGGAGAAGCAUUAAGACCAGCAUUUUAAGGAGAUUUCCUAAGAUCUAUUACUGAUGAUGAUCUAAAUGAAUAAUUCUACCCUCCCAUCAAAAGAAAAAUAACUUAAUUGUUUGGUUUGGCUGUUAGUUUCUUAAUCAUUUUAUGUGUUAUAGGAUGUGUGUUAGGGAUUUUCUUUUUCAAAAAUUACAUGAUUGAAACUAAGGCAGAUCCUUUUUUCUCUUAAUAAUUGCCUGGAUUACUAAAUUCAGUACUGAUUGCUGUGUUUAAUUUCAUUUAUCAAAAUCUAGUCAUGAUCUUCAAUUCAUUAGAGAAUCAUAAGAUCUUAUCAUCUUAUGAAAAUUCUUUAGUGGCAAAAGUCUUCAUCUUUCGAUUUGUAAAUACUUUUAAUUCAUUCUUCAUUAUAUCCUUUCUGAGCAAUUACUUUUCAUCAUUGGAAUUAUGCAAAGUCAAUGAUGGCAUCUCUGAUUGUUUUCAAAUACUGUCUCUCUAGUUAAGCACUAUCUUCAUUUCCAAUUUCUCAGGAUUAGUUACAGCGGUUGUAGUACCGUAUGUUCAAGAGAAAUUGAUGAAGAAAAUGAAGGCAAUAGAUGAAAUACCUGUUCCUCAUGCUUUUAAUGACAUUGACCCUUUUAUUGAGAGCCAAUUUGCCUUGUAACCAUAUCAAACAAAUGAAGAAGUGGAUGGAAGUGUUAAGGAUUACAUGGAAUUGACAAUUCAAUUCUGUUUUCUUGUUGUGUUUGGAGUGUCAUAUCCUGCUUGUUUUAUUUUAGGGUUUGCACAAAAUGUUGGCAAGAUCCAAGUAGAUAAGAUCAAUUUUGUAAGUUUAUCAAGGAGACCAUUUCCUUAAGGAGCAGCAAGUAUUGGUAAUUGGUUGGUUAUUUUGGACAUCAUUACCUUUUUUGGUAUUCUUUCUAAUGCUGGCUUGUUAGUCUACACUUCUAAUUCUAUAGAAGACAAUAAAAUUGAGUUCUUUGCAUCGAUUUUAGUAAUCUUUUUUGCUUUAAACUUCGUAAUUAAAAUACUUGUAUCUCCAGAAUCUGAAUCAGCUACUUUAUUACUCUAAAGACACUAGUACAUUAUUGAUAAGAAAAUAAAAGGCUUUACUUCCAAUCAGAAGACAAUCUUUGACAGAUCUAAAUUAAAUAUUUAGAUAAAGAGAGUAGGUUAUCAUUUAUUUAAUUCUGGUGUUAUCAAUAAUGAAUUUCUAAAAACUAUCAAGGGAGAGAGGGGAAAUGCAGAUGAUUGA